UCUUGAGUCCUCACGUCUGUGCAGUAAGCUGAAGACCGACUUCAGUUCCUCUAGCCACCCCACUCCCCCAGCUGCAGAUCACUCCCAAGUCUCAGUGAGUUUAUCUGGGGAGGAGGAGGCAGAUUCCUGCCCAGCUUGAUCUCACAGGAGCCUCUUUCACUUUCCGAGAGCGUCGCGCCUGAAGGAGCUUCUGGAGCCUUUUUCGGUUUUAAUUCUCUUCAGCUGGACACGUUUAAAAGAAACAUGGCCCAGUUUAACAAAGGCCCCGCGUACGGCUUGUCCGCAGAAGUCAGAAGCAAGAUUGCUCAGAAGUAUGACCCUCAGAAAGAGGAGGAGCUCCGCUACUGGAUUGAGGAAGUGACCGGCAUGCCAAUCGGAGAGAAUUUCCAGAUGGGGCUGAAGGACGGAGUCAUUCUCUGCGAGCUGAUCAAUAAACUACAGCCUGGCUCUAUAAAGAAAAUCAACCACUCCAAACUCAACUGGCACAAGCUUGAGAACUUGGGGAACUUCAUCAAAGCCAUUCUUACAUAUGGCCUGAAGCCGAGUGACGUAUUCGAAGCCAACGACCUGUUUGAGAAUGGGAACAUGACUCAAGUCCAGAUGACGCUGCUAGCCCUAGCCAGCAUGGCAAAGACCAAAGGUAUGGACACCAAGAUUGAUAUUGGUGUGAAAUAUGCAGACAAGCAAGAGCGCCGUUUUGAUGACGAGAAGAUGAAGGCCGGCCACUGUGUUAUUGGCUUACAGAUGGGUACAAAUAAAUGUGCUAGUCAGGCUGGAAUGACUGCCUACGGCACCAGGAGGCACCUUUAUGACCCAAAGACCCAAACAGACAAGCCCUAUGACCAGACCACCAUUAGCCUGCAAAUGGGUACCAACAAGGGAGCAAGUCAGGCUGGCAUGGCAGCCCCUGGCACCAGGAGGGACAUCUACGACCAGAAAGUAGCUCUGCAGCCGAUGGACAACUCCACCAUCUCCCUGCAGAUGGGCACCAACAAGGCAGCGUCCCAGAAGGGCAUGAGUGUUUACGGGCUUGGCAGGCAGAUUUACGAUCCAAAAUACUGCCCCUCUGGCACAGAGGCUGGCGUCCGCUCUAAUGGCAGCCAGGGUACCCGCACCAACUCCGAAAUCAGCGACACUGACUACCAGGCCGAGUACCAGGGAGAGUACCAACAUGAGUACCAACCUCAGUACCAGGAUGAGUACCGGGGCCACUAUGACCAGGGCAUUGAUUAUUAGAUAGCUGGAGCACAGUGUUCAAGGAUUAAUACAGUCAGAAGGAGCUAAUGUUGCUAACAGUAAAUAAAAACGAACAGCUGCUGGUUAGCACUGCGCAGAUGGCGUCGUGUUAAUUGGUGGCUUCUAGCUUCCAUUCGCUGUUAGUGAUAUUAGCAUGGAUGGUCAAGGUAUUCCUUUAAGAGAUGAAUGUCUUUUUUUUUCCCUUUCCUUUUCUGGUUCUCUAUUUCAACAGAGCGAGAUUUCUUUCCUUGCUGGCCUUAAUUUUUUAAUGUUUGAAGUUUUUUCCCCCAGUGCAGAGGGAACAAAACGCCUCAGUUAUAAUCAUUCCUCUUUAGAUUUAUCAGUAUUUUCUUUUUAGUUAUGCAGAAAACUGUGUCUGUCUUAUUAUGUGAAUGCUUUGGAAAUAUUUCUGUACUUUUCAGAAUUCCUUUUUUAUUUUUUAAGUGUACUUUUUAAUGGCAAGCAUGACCGUUGGCCUUCUCCACGGUCUUUAUCCGUACUUCUCUCUCUCUCUCUCUCUCUCUCUCUCUCUCUCUCUCUCUCUCUCUCUCUCUCUCUCUCUCUCUCUCUCUCUCUCUCUCUCUCUCUCUCUCUCUCUCUCUCUCUCUCUCUCUCUCUCUCUCUCUCUCUCUCUCUCUCUCUCUCUCUCUCUCUCUCUCUCUCUCUCUCUCUCUCUCUCUCUCUCUCUCUCUCUCUCUCUCUCUCCUCCCCCCCAAGGUCCCCAAACUCAACCGCUGUGUCCGAAGGACAGUGGGAGGGGUGAGAGUGGCAAUUCCCAAAAGGUUGUGUGUUUCCCAUGCUAGGCCAGGGACCAGUCUGUUGCUGUUAGUUGUAAAGGAGCUUAAACUUUAGCCCUUUAACAGGGAACUACAUUUAUUUUUCAAAUGGUCUGAUGUAAACAAAGCCACCCAGAAUGGUUAGAUGUGAAUUAGUGCAUUGUAACUUGCAGACUGUGAUUUCGUCACAAUGAAUACAACAUAAAUAUAGCCAUUUUAUAUACUAUCCAAAACCAGAAGUGAACCAACAUGUGCACCUACAAGCUUUCUGUUCUUGCUGAUCAUAGUAAAAGCUGUGUUCUUGACUAUUUUUGCUAUUAAAUGUUUUAAGGCCAAAACUUUCUCAAAACUAUUGUAAAACAAUGUCUCCGACAAUAGGCAGUGUAUUCAUAACCAGCCUGUGUAAUAACUGUCAGUGAAUGAGCUUUUGGUCUGACUGUUUCAUUAGGAUGAACCACUUCACAUCAAACCACUCUGAAUGACUUUGUUUACAACUCAGCCAUUAAAUUAAUCCGAACUUCUGAACAAUCUGUGAAGUUCCCUUUUAAACUGUAGGCUUAUUAUUGAGUCAUUAAUCCUUAGGCUUGCUAUUUAGCGAUUUACUGAGUUUUUUAGCAGCUACUAUAUGUAAGUCAUGUAUGUUAUGAAAUCGAGGGAGAAAAGUCGGAUCUUUCUAGUUUAAGGGGUUAAUUUGGCUUUUUAAUGAUUUGUCCAGGUAGCGCAUUUAUUACUUGUGCCAUAUUCUCAUGUUUUAGAAGACUCAGCUUUCUUUGUCCUGAUGUAUUUAUUGCCAUGGUCACUCAAGAGAGACCCACAGUCCUGUGGACGUAUUUUUAUGAAUAAAUUUUUACAUUUUACAUA